ACAUUGCAGAGCUGGGGGAAAAAAGCCAGAAAAAGCAAGUUGAACAUCUAGAUUGCUCACAUUGUAGCUGUGCUACUGCCGUCACCCGGGAGAGGUGGGCAGCCUUGAGUUUGUCACCUGAGCUAUUAUAAAGGACGAGCCGUUUUUUCUGUUCUCCCUGCCUGCUGAUCUGCCUGUGCUUGUUCCGAACUCCUGCUCAUGCGAUGCACUCCCUUAACCAGGAAAUUAAAGCAUUCUCUCGGAAUAAUCUCAGGAAGCAAUGCACCAGGGUGACAACGCUAACUGGAAAGAAGAUCAUAGAAACCUGGAAGGAUGCCCGAGUUCACGUGGAAGAAGUCGAGCCGAGCAGUGUGGGCGGCUGUGGCUAUGUGCAGGACCUUAGCUUGGAUCUGCAGGUUGGCGUCGUUAGGCCAUGGCUGCUCCUGGGGUCACAAGAUGCCGCGUAUGAUCUGGAUACACUGAAAAAGCACAAGGUGACACAUAUUCUCAAUGUUGCAUAUGGAGUUGAAAAUGCUUUCCUCGGUGAUUUUACAUAUAAGAGCAUUUCUAUAUUGGAUCUGCCUGAAACCAGCCUCCUGUCUUAUUUUCCAGAAUGUUUUCAAUUUAUUGAACAAGCAAAAAUGAAGGACGGAGUCGUCCUUGUUCACUGUAACGCAGGAGUCUCCAGGGCUGCUGCAGUCAUCAUAGGCUUCCUGAUGGAUUCUGAAGAAAUGUCGUUUGCCAGUGCUUUUUCUUUGGUGAAAAACGCAAGGCCUUCAAUAUGUCCAAAUGCUGGUUUCAUGGAACAGCUUCGUACCUAUGAAGAGGUCAAAGAAAACAAUAAGCACGACAAAAUAGAAGAGCGGGGAGACUACGAGAGUUGAUAAGUUACUUUGGAACAGCUGUCAUUUCUGAACUGACUUGUACAGCUAUUUGCCUCUCUUUAGAGAGAAUAGACUAGUAAAAAGGUUAUUAUUGUUUUCUAACUUUUUUUCCAAGUAAAUAAAGGUAGCUUAGAAGAAAUUUGAUUGUCCUAAGCUAGUGCUUAAAUAAAUUUUAAAAUGAUAUUUUAAAGUACUUAAAAUAUAUUUUAAAUUAUAGUGUAGUGUGUUACGAGGUCUCCUUUGA